GCGAUUCGCGUGUGUCGUUGAUAAACAUGGCAGUGUUUUGCGAGUGUGACGGACAAUGAGAGUUGCUGUCAUAUCGUGAUAAUUUCUUUCAAUAUUCCGGUUUCCCUUGUGAAAUAGAAUAGAGAUGCCGACCACAGGAGGAAACGACGAAAGGACUGGAUCUCCUCGUGAUAGUGGCGACGAAAGUGAAGAUGAGAGAGAAAUUUUAGAAGAAAGUCCCUGUGGAAGAUGGCAGAAGAGAAGAGUGAAGGUAACCCAGCGUGAUGUGCCAGGCAUCGAUGUGGCCUACCUGGCCAUGGAUAUGGAAGAAGGAAGAGAGGUGGUGUGGAACGAGGUCCAGUUCUCAGCUCGGAGAGAUUUCAAAGCUCAGGAGGACAAGAUUCAGGUUGUGUUUGAUAAUCUGAUCCAACUUGAACACCCCAACAUUGUCAAGUUUUACAAGUAUUGGACGGACACCAAAUCAGAUAGAGAAAAGCCCAGGGUGAUCUUCAUCACAGAGUACAUGUCAUCAGGAUCUCUCAAACAAUUCUUGAAGAGGAUAAAGAAAGAUAAGAGGAAUAUACAAGAGAAAUCUUGGCGGAGGUGGUGCACACAAAUCUUAUCAGCGUUAAGUUACUUGCAUUCCUGUGACCCUCCCAUAAUACAUGGUAACCUCACGACAGAUACAGUCUUCAUACAACACAAUGGCCUCAUCAAAAUUGGAUCAGUGGCCCCUGAUGCAAUAAACAAUCAUGUGAAGACCUACACAGAGGAGCAGCGAAACAUGCACUACAUCGCUCCAGAAUAUGGAGAUGGCAAUGUUUCAGUGGCUGCUGAUAUCUAUGCGUUUGGUAUAUGUGCUCUUGAAAUGGCCGUCUUAGAAAUUCAAGGUAAUGGAGACUCAAGACAUAUAUCAAGGCAGGCCAUAAGGAACGCCGUUGAUAUGGUAGAUGACAUUGUUCAGAAGGAUUUUCUCCACCGAGCGCUUGAUGAUGUACAGAGGAGACCAACAGCCAGAGAUCUCCUCCUUCAUCCGGUUCUCUUUGAAGUUCACUCACUCAAACUACUAGCAGCUCAUAGCUUUGUCAAAAAUGAAAGUUUCCUCCAAGAACACUUAUCAGACAAAGAACAGAACAAAGUGCAAAAAGAUGAUGUAAUAGCAACUAUCAGACUUCAAGGUCAAGCUGAAGAAGUGCAAUGGAGAGUAUCUCAGGUGCCUGCUUUGGAGUUAGAGAAGUUCUUAGAAGAAGUCAGGAAUGGUAUCCAUCCAUUGACGGCCUUCGCCAUGAAGAGGUCUUACCCGGUCAAGAUACGGCCUCAGAGUCCAGAGACACAGGAAUCGGUCAAGAGUGCCACACCAGAACCGAUUGAUAUGGAAAAUAGGAAGAUUACUAUGAUGCAGUGCGAUGUCAGGCAAGGCAAAGAAGGAGAGGAGAGUCCAACUAAUUUGCAUUUGGAGCUAUUAUUGAGGCUGGAUGAUACGAUGAACAGACAGUUGAGCUGUGAAAUUACCGCAGAGGAGAGUCCACGAGUACUUGCUAAUGAACUGGUCCAGUAUGGAUUCAUUAGUGAUUUUGACAAAGACAAAGUGGCGGGUAUCAUUGAGGAGAAGGUGAAUACUGUUAUACAGGGUGCCAUUGCCAUAGCAACGUAGCACACGCCCCACCAGUACUACUACUCAUCACUGCACCCAAUCAUCAUCUAAACCACACCCCCAUGGCCAAAUCAAGCUUCGUCAAAUUCCUAUCUCGUCGUCAUGUGACAUGUCAUAUGACCUGUGUCGGAUUGCGCAGUUGUGCAGUCUGCUGUGUGAUCCGUUAGAUACCGCUGUGCCAUUAUUAUAUGAGUUUCAACUGCACGUUCAGCGUGUGAGUGCGAUGAUGAACAUACGUACGUUUUGUAUAGGAGGUUCUGUUUGUCGGAUGUUGAAGUGUAUUUGGUGCUUCUCUUAUGCUGAUGUUGUAUGGAUAGUCUUUGAGCAUAUCUUGGCUCACUGUCUACUACUCAGUUCUGUUGUAAGUUUUGACUUGACCAGCAAAUAUUCCCUUUUUAAGACUAAGGAUGGUUCCAGUCAUUUUUCCCUUAAGGACACGGACACCUACAUGUAAAGGCAGCGUAAUGAAACUACCUGGGUGCCAGGAUGCAUCUCGAUCAGUACAAUUGUAGGAGUGCAUUUCCAUUGUGUUUCCAGGUCGUGAUGCCCUUUCAAUCCAGGAUAUAACCGCUGUUCCCAAAGGACAUCACAGUCAUGUUCUACGGUUAAAGCUGCGACCAAAACGAGAGAUAUACAUUUGGUUAUGUACCAUGGAUAAAGCGACC